UGCAGGGAAUCAAAUUUUACCAUGAAACCUCUUCCCACAUUAUUUCAGAUGGUUUAGAGUCACAACAUGCGUAUAGUGCGUCAACGCGUUGUCUAUCUGCCUCCUGGAACUCAACAAGCGACAUUUUUCGAAGGUAUGAGUGGAGUGUUGGCAUAGAAGGGUUCCCAAUCGGAUAUGGAGUUUUUGAUCUUCACAAGGAAAAUCCCUGGAAAGACCUUGGCCUCGAUACUCAGUUUGUUUAUUGUCUGCCUCCUGGAAAGCAGUUUAAGCAUAUGCAUUCAUAUGUUAUAUUUUUGAGAUCAUGGAUUACGGACACUGACUAUGUUAUAUCUGAAUCGAAACCUCUUACCAUCGAUACCUCACCCCCACAGAUAAAUCGGGGUAAAACUAUUAUAGACUCGCUUGAUAACUGUGCCACACAUUCCAAUACGGGGAAAUCAUUUCACGCUCUAAGGACGUGCUGGGACGGAGUGUUUUCUGAUCAGCAGAGUGGAAUAAAGAACUACAAUAUAUUUGUUGGAACUGUGCCAGGGGGGCAUGAUGUCUCGGGCAUACUCAAUAUUGGAUUAGAAUUGAAUUUCACUUGGCACUUUUCAAACUUGCACCCAGGAGUCAAGUAUUUUUCGACCAUUCAAGCAGUUAAUAACGUUGGUCUGCAAACAACACUGUUCUCCUCCGGCUUUCUUAUUGACAAUACUUCUCCAUCGGUCGGCAUUGUGUAUAAUACGGCUUUCUUCCAAAAUAUUCCUUGGCAACCGUUUUCGACUUCAUUAACAGCAACCUGGCAAGGUUUUACAGAUCACGAGUCUUUCAUAAGUAGCUACUUUGUGGCUUUGGUAGAUUCUGGUGGCAAUGUCAUUAAAGACUUUGAGAAUGUUGGAAUCCGGAAUAAACAUACCUUGUCAAAUCUUACUUUAAAUGUCCAGAAACAAUACAACUUUCUUGUGAAAGCACAAAAUUCUGUUGGUCUAAAGAGUAAUGCAGUUUCAUCUCAUCAAAUAUCAUUCGACGUAUCAAAACCAAAAGGAAUGAAAUGCAAACUUUACAGUCAAGUAAUAUACAAUAUAACAAUUUCUUCUAUUGCCAAAGAAAACUUUAUAUCAGAGCAAAUCAAUGUUACAAAGGGUCAAUACAGAUUUAAGGUUCAAAUACAUACCCUUCAUAAAUUUUGGCAUGAUUCAAUACACAUUUAUAUUGAAGACACAAACCAUGAAAUACCAACGGAUGAUUUAGAAAAUGGAUUCCAUUAUCUAUCUUCAACUGAAAAAACAGUCAAUGUAUUAGUGGAUAUCACAACACUAAGAAUGUUGAACGAUAAUUUUACGAUUCGUCUAACUGGAGAAAAAUGUGUUAGACUUGAAGAAGCAAAUGAUAAUGCUGUUACUGUUCGUCAAAUAUCUCCAAGUCACGUGACAAUUUCUGUAUUUAUUGUGGAUGAAGAAAGUGAAAUCACAUCUGUGGAUGUGUUAGUUGGAACCAUUAGAAACGCCCAACAGAUAGCACACUUUUCCAUGCAUACUGGAAUAUUUGUGAGAACAAUUCACAUCUUACAACAACAAGCGACCCCAAUCACCGUUUCCGUUUUCGCCAAAAAUGGUGCUGGUCUUCAAGAAAACUUUUAUGCUUUGCCCAUUGCAUUAGAUCAUACGGCACCCGUGCUUGUUGUCAAAGACGUUUUUGUUUCUUAUGAAACAGAUAAUACAGAAGUAAAAUCCAUUUUCACAAUUAGAUGGAAUGUAGAAGAGAAAGAAAGUGACAUCCAGGAAUGCUUUUGUGCUUGGGGUAGCUUUAUGGGUUCAGACACAAUUAUACCUUGGUUUGAAUCAGAAAAUAGGACAGAGUGCAGAUCACCAAGUAUGAGACUUCCACAUGGCACAGAAGUGUUUGCUUCCGUGAAAUGCGUCAAUACGAUCGGACUUAGUUCUGAGGUUAACGAUAAAAAUGUUACUAUUGUGGCAUACAAAGCACCAAUCCCUACCCAACCAGAAGUGACUUUUGCUGUUAAUAGCAUAAAGAUGAUGUUACUGGAACAUAUCCAACAUUCCACUACUUCACUCUAUUUUCAUUGGUUGAGUUUUCAGGAUGCUACAGGGUUGAUUAAUUAUAACUUCUGCAUAAAAUCCGAUAACAAUAUAGUGUUGAACUCUGCUGAUAUUGGAAAGCAUAACUAUGUUUCUAUUGAUGAUCUUGAUCUUCAGUAUAACGGUACCUAUAUAGCUGACGUCUACGCGGUCAAUUCUGUUGGGAAAAGGAGUGACUCAAUAAAUGGAAGUAUAAAAGUACUUGAUAUUGCUCCAAUCCAAACAGGAAAGACAUGCAACAUUUCCAUGGAUGACGGAAAGCUAAAUGUCACGUGGAAUGGAGUAUUCCAAUUGGACACCAGGAUAGACUAUAGUUAUACAGUGUUCAUUGGGUCUCAAGCUGGUUAUGCAGAUAUUGUGAGAAGUAUGAAAACAAAAGAUGACUCGGUCAUUGUUCAAAUAGACAUGGACAUACGAGAUGUUUUUAUUGUCAUUACUGCUGAAUAUGCCGGGCGAUUUCAGUCGACUUACAGAGAACACAAACAGAUCCUGUAGACUGUUUUAUUCCAUUU